AUGCAUUUCGUGAAAAAAGUGCCAACAACCGAGCAGGAGAAAGCGGCGAAAGCAAAGGAGCACGCGAAACGAUCCCAACAAUUUCUCCACGUUCGCGAUCGGAUAUUCGCGAAAAGAGACAAAGGAGAAUAUGAUGACGAACUUCUCUCGUUGACUCAAGGAGUGUUGGAAAAGAAUGCAGAUAUUUAUACAUUCUGGAAUAUUCGAAGAACAACGAUUGAGCAAAGAAUCGAAGCAAAUGACAAGAUUCAGAAGGAUUCGGAGGCAAGCGAUGAGGAAAAGACGAAAAGUGCCCAGAAAAUUGAGAAUUUGUUAGCCGGAGAGCUUUUCUUGUCUUAUGAAUGUAUUAAAUCGAACCCGAAAUCCUAUUCCGCUUGGUAUCAACGCGCCUGGGUCCUUCAACGUCAAACUUCUCCAGAUUAUGCAAAAGAAUUGGCUUUGUGUGAGAAGGCUCUUCAAAUGGAUUGCAGAAACUUUCACUGUUGGGAUCACCGUCGGAUCGUCGCCCGACUCGCCAAUCGGACUGAAGAGCAAGAAUUGGAGUUUUCGAAUCGAUUGAUCGAUGAGAACUUUUCGAAUUAUAGUGCAUGGCAUUACAGAUCGAUCGCUCUGCAAAAUAUUCAUCGAGACGCUGCCACUGGCAUGACGAAAAUUGAUGACGCGUUGAUUGGAAGUGAGCUUCAGAAAGUGAAAAACGCAUUCUACAUGGACGCCGAGGAUCAAAGCGCCUGGACGUACACGAGAUGGUUGUUGGAAGUUGGAAGUGGAAAAGAAUUCCUCCGCCCUGAAUCAUCCUCUCCAAUUGAGCUGAUCUCCGCUUCUUUCCACGGAAACAACACGACUCUUGUCUUCUCUCGCGCCGUCACUAUCCCAUUUUUGCUCACUUUUGUCGAUACAGAAGACACGACGAGAUGGAGAGCUUUCUCCUCCACGUCUCCGAAUCCGACUUCCAGUCGUGUCUGGCAGUAUCUUUCAGAUUCUCCUCUGCGAGUUGUCACUUCUCAAUCAACUGAUGAAAAUGUGACGUGGAAUGAGUUGACUGAUGAUCGAUACGUGAAUAAAAGUCGUCUGGAGACGAUUUAUGACAUCGUUGAAGCUAAGGAACCAGAAUAUAUCAAAGAAUUACUCGAGGAUUGUCAUCAAUUGAUUCAAUUGGAGCCAAAGAAUAAAUGGCCGUUGUACAUGAGAACUCUGGUUCUUUUGGAGUAUCAACCGAUUCGUUCUCACGAUGAAAUCAUUUCGAAUCUUAAAAAUCUUGCUGAAAAUCUUGAUUCGAAACGAGCGGAACUCUAUAAAUCACUCCUUUCCCGCCAGAAGCUGAAUCAUUCGAUUCGUGAACAAUUCGAGAGAUUAAUUGGAAAAGAGCACGAUCAGCUCGUAGUGAGAUAUGCUGAAUUGACGAGUUUGGAAGGUGUUGAAUUCCUCGCUGGACUCGUUGGAAAUGCAGAUUUUCAAGGGAAUCUGUUGACGGAGAUUCAUCGAAUUGUGCUACCGAAUUUGCAUAAUUUGACGAUUAGUGAGAAUCCGAUUGAUAGACUUUCCCCCACUCCAUCCCUCUCUCAUCUCACUUUCCUCUCAAUCGCCGGAACCCAAAUCUCGGAUGUCUCGUCCGUAAUGCCAUUCUUCCAAACGACUCCAUCACUCGAUCGUCUCAUCUUCUGCGAGACUCCACUCGUUGAGAAAACCGAAGAACUUCGUGCUCAACUUCCCGGUGUUCGUCUCAUUCCUCAUUGGUUGUAA